CGACCUCGCGACGCCGCGCGAGCGCCGAACGCGCGCCUCUCGUCGUAGACAUGCGCGAAAUCGUCCACAUCCAGGGCGGCCAGUGCGGUAACCAGAUCGGGGCGAAGUUCUGGGAGGUUAUCUGCGACGAGCACGGGAUCGGGGCCGAUGGGACGUAUAUCGGUGAUUCUGAUUUGCAGCUCGAGCGCGUGAACGUGUACUACAACGAAGCGAACGGAGGACGCUACGUGCCGCGCGCCGUGCUCAUGGAUCUCGAGCCGGGGACGAUGGAUUCCGUGCGCUCGGGACCGUACGGACAAAUCUUCCGACCGGACAACUUUGUGUUCGGACAGACUGGUGCGGGGAAUAACUGGGCCAAGGGUCACUACACCGAAGGUGCGGAGUUGAUCGAUUCCGUGAUGGACGUGGUGCGAAAAGAGGCUGAAUCAUGCGACUGCUUGCAAGGUUUCCAAGUGGCGCACUCGCUCGGAGGCGGUACCGGUUCCGGUAUGGGGACGCUUCUCAUCUCGAAGAUUCGCGAAGAGUACCCCGAUCGCAUGAUGCUCACGUUCUCUGUCGUACCGUCGCCCAAGGUGUCCGACACCGUGGUCGAGCCGUACAACGCCACGCUUUCCGUGCACCAGCUCGUCGAAAACGCCGACGAGUGCGUCGUGCUCGACAACGAAGCGCUUUACGACAUCUGCUUCCGCACGCUGAAACUCACGAACCCGACGUUUGGUGACUUGAACCACUUGAUUUCGGCGGUUAUGUCCGGUAUCACUUGCUGCUUGCGAUUCCCGGGUCAGCUCAACGCUGAUUUGCGUAAACUCGCGGUGAACUUGGUGCCGUUCCCGCGCUUGCACUUCUUCAUGGUUGGUUUCGCGCCGCUCACGUCCAGAGGCGCGCAACAGUACCGCGCGCUUUCUGUGCCGGAAAUCACCGCGCAAAUGUGGGACGCCAAAAACAUGAUGUGCGCCGCCGAUCCGCGUCACGGCCGCUACCUCACCGCCUCUGCGCUUUACCGCGGUCGCAUGUCAACCAAGGAAGUUGACGAACAACUCUUGAAUGUUCAAAACAAAAAUUCGGCGUACUUCGUGGAGUGGAUUCCUAACAACGUGAAGAGCUCGGUGUGCGACAUCCCUCCCAAGGGUCUUAAGAUGUCCGCCACCUUUGUCGGUAACACUACCGCGAUUCAAGAGAUGUUCAAGCGCGUCAGCGAAGCGUUCACGUCGAUGUUCCGUCGCAAGGCUUUCUUGCACUGGUACACGGGUGAGGGUAUGGACGAGAUGGAGUUCACUGAGGCUGAAUCUAACAUGAACGAUUUGGUGUCCGAGUACCAGCAGUACCAAGACGCCACUGUGGACGAUGAUGGUGAUUACGACGAAGACGAGGACGGGGCAUAUUAAAUAAGGCGAUCAAAUGAGGCGGUUUUCUCUCGCGCGUCUCGGCGGCGCGUCUCUCGACGCGACCAACCAACCGACGGCGCGCGUUUCGUCUCGCCGCCUCUGCCUCGCGUUUCGGCGCAUUCUAGACACCCACGGUUAGCGUAGGACACAAUCGAUGCCUUUUCGAGCAACA